AAAAUAUGUCCGGGGCGGAAGAACUCUCAAACAAUUAUUACUACUUCACAAAGAUUUUGAAAGGCAAAAGUAAAACUUUCCGAGCAAAGUGAUAUAAGAUUGGCUCUUGCAAUGCAGAUUCUGAGCUUCAGAUGAUCAGCAGUAUAUUGGCUUCUAUCAGCUCUGUUUCAGAGAGCCCAAGGUUUCAAACUCUUGAUAAGUUUGAGUGCAAGACUAGCAGUGAUGGAGAGUUUAUUUAUGUCACUUUGAGCAACCAAUAUUACCCCAAAACUCUUAAGGAUUACCUCGAAGAGUUUGAUGACGACGGAAUGCCAGAAGAUGAAUGCCUAUCCUUCGUGUAUCAAAUUGCGCGCUGUCUGGAAGAUCUUAAGAAACAAAGUUUGCUUACAUGCCAUGGAAACUUAAAAUGAUCAAAUGUUUUCCUUGACACAGAGAACAACGUGGCCUGCAUUGGAGACUUUUAUUGUAAACAUGUUACAGGGAAAGUCCAUGAGGAUGAGAAUCUGUACUCCUCGAUGAUUAAUCAUCUUCCUCCAGAAUUCUUUACAUUCGGACAUGAUCGUGAUGAAUGAUCUGAUGUCUGGGCUCUUGGAGUAAUCCUCUACCAACUGAGUACUGGCGGAGACUACCCAUUCAAUGUAGAAACAGAAGAGGAGGAAUUUGAUGAGUUUGAAACAAAGAGAAGCAUUUUAAACACCCAAUACGACCAGCUUGAAGAUCGGGACAACAGCCAGCUCCUACUUGAAGAAAUCUUCACAGCAAAGCCUCACAACCGGAUCACCGCCGAAGGAAUUAUAAAGGACUUGCAAUCCAAGAUUGACAUGAAGCGGAUCAACACAGCAAUGAAGAAGGCUGCCGAGAACAACUUCGAGUCAGAGGAUGAUAGCUCAGACGACGAUAUUAAGAAGAAGCUUGACUUCUUAGCGGGUGCCAAUGCAUCAGACGACGAAAUCAUGAAGAGGCAGUCAGUGAUGUCAGGCCUUGACCAUAGAAAAACUCAGAAAUAAUCUCGGUGAUAAUGACAGAAUCCAUGCUAGUGAAAGUGCUUCUGAUCAGGAUUAUAAAAAUUUAGAGAAUCUAGUGCACGGCAAUGUCGGUGGUACAAAUAAUAACAGUAAGAAUAACCCGAAUUUUUUGGACAACUUGCCUGAAAGCAUCGCUGAGAGCUCCAAAGUUCAAUCCUCUAGUUACGAAGAGUCUAAGGAGAGCUACGAAAGUGAGUCUCUUCACUCUGCAGGGCGUAUGGCUCGACCAAACAAAAAGAAAGCAGUCGAAUGCAGGCAUGACAAAGAGGAUGAAAGAAUCUCAACAAAUAUGCUUUCUUUGGUGAAGAUAGUCCUACUCAAUAAAGAGAAACUACUUCUGUUUAGCGAAGCCCAGAACUUCUUUAUGAGUUUGAAAGCGAAGAAGCUGGCAAAUCUUGAGUUCUUUUCUCCUUUGUCACCAACUGAUGCUGUGCUAUCCUUCCCUCCUUGCCCAGGAGUUUUCGAGAAUAACUAUUUGGUGGUCUACAAAGAAGGUAAAGUCAUUCUUGUAGAUCUCUUGCAAAGUGCUGAGAGACAGAAACUCCAUAUGAUUUCUCAAAGAGUCAGGUUUUCUCACAUGGAGUCUCAAUCAAUUGCAGAUUCUGUCACUGAGAGAUCAGAUGCAGGAGGAAGAAAGUUUAUUAUCUUUCUUGACAAGACAGAAUUCGCUCUUGUUUAUGAGCAAGCUGUAAAAAUCUUUGUAAUCUCUGAUUUUGGAAUAAAGUGAGUUCAAGAGUAUGACGAGCUAAUCGAGGAUAACAUUAGCUACAUAUCGUACUACCACACAGGCAAGAAGCGUACACAUCUGGCCAUCGGGACUGAGUCCAGCAGUCAGAUAUGCUUGUAUAACAUUAAGACAAAUGUGCUGGACAAGACUCUCGAUUUUGGAGAGGAAUCCAUCACAAGUGUUUUUGAGAUAGGCAGUAAGUAUAUCGCUGCUACAACAUUGACAGGCUACUUUGCAGUCUGGGAUAAAAAUACCCAUAUACAGAUUUUGAAGGACAAUGUUCUCGAAGCUAUUUUUGUGGUUUUUAAAAUCCCUGAUACAGAUUUAUUCGCCAUUGGAGGUGACGGCCCAUUGCUUAUUUAUGAUACGCUUGAUAAAAUCGCUGAGGUUCAGCUAAAAAAGAUGAAGGGAGGCAUUAUUGAUAUUGAAUACAACCAGACGACCAGCACCCUCAUUUGUGGUGAUACUGAAGGAACUCUUUAUACAUACAGAAUAGAGGAUCUAUUAGAUAACUAAUUUGAAGA